UUUCUCUGACGAUUGCGGCCUCGUCAUCAAUCAAUUUUGAGAUCGAGGGAGAGUUUAAAAACCGCCGACUCUCUUCCUCUUGUUCAAUGCGCUUCUCGUAUGCAUGCUCUAAGUGUAAAAGAUAACAACAAUGCAAUGGGAUGCCAGCCAACAGUAAGCCAUUAAUCGGUUAAUAGAAAUUAAUUGCUUCGGAAAAUUAACUGAACAGGUGAGGAUAUUCGUAAAAGCAAUCACCAUUUGCCAAUUGCUGAUUUUCAUGAAGAGAAGAUAGAACUUUAAGGUAUUUGUUAGGGGUGAAAACUUGCAACCCAUUUUCAUUUGUUGAUGAUAGAAGAAAAACGAAAACAGAACGUUGUUGUGAAAACAAAAUGUCGGAGCUAUACAUAAAUCUUCGAGCACAAACCGAUUUUGUGUUGGCCAUUCUUUCUUUCACAAUGGUCCCAGUUGUUCUGAUUGGGAAUUUACUCGUAAUCAUUUCACUGAUCAAAUUCAAAUUUCGUUUCCGGAAUGUGACCAAUCUCUUUAUCGGCUCCUUGUCGGUGGCGGACUGUCUCCUCGGAGUUCUGACUUUACCAAUCUACGCUUCGUUUUAUUUAGAUGGGGAGAGAUUAGCAUCCAUGAAAUUUCUAUGUUUGUGCAAGUUUUCUUCCUGCGUCUGUUCCAUGAGCGCAUCGUUGACCAGCCUAGUCGCCAUUGCUGUGGACCGCUACAUCGCCAUCAUACAUCCCCUAAAGUACCCCAUGAUUAUGACGAGAAGGAGAGCUUUUGCCAUCAUAUUUUUCUUGUGGAUGUACAACUCAUUUUUAUUUGCCUUUCCCUUCAUGGUCAACAACUACAGAAGCGAUAGUAAAGAAUGCGAUUUCUUUCAAGUUCUACCACAAGCGUAUUCCUUGAGCUCAACUUUCGGCGCCAUCUUUAUAUGUUUGACGGCCACCCUUUACAUGUACAUCCGAAUUUUCAGAGUUGCACAAAAACACAAGAAAAGAGUCAACAAAUACAAAAAGACUUUAAAAUCCAGCUCGGAUAAGAAAUUUGAACGAGAAACAAAAUCAGCAAAAACAAUGGCCAUCAUUUUGUUUUUGUUCUACGCGUUUUGGAUACCGUUUAUGGUAACCGGGCCUCUCAAAUACCUGAAUCUUGACAAAAAUCUUAGUGAGGCCAUCAAAAGCAUAACUCUUUUCAUUGCAAUGAGCAACUCUGGCGUCAACCCAAUACUUUAUUGCUGGAUGAGAAAGGAUUUCAAAGCGGCAUUUAAGGCCAUAAUCCUAUGCUACAGUCGCGCUCAAAGCGAGGAAACUUUUCGAGAAGCAUCUGUAGGUUCGAAUGGUGAAAUGAAGAAAAAUGGAAACCUGCAUUGCCCUGAAGAAACAGAAGGACCAAAACACAACCCGGUUACCAAAGUGGGAUCCGUUGGGUCAUUGACCAAUGGAGUCACUGAGAAAGGUCAUGAUGACGCAAUCACGACUGUGGUUUGUAUUUCCAAAGAAGAUAUGAAAGCUUUAACACCAGACUGACCAGUUUUGUCAGUAUUCCUCUAUUGACCGACAUGGGUUUGUUUUUAAAAAAAAAAUUCUUUCUAACUUCGAUUUUUUCAUCGUAUGUGCAAUAUUUAUAUGGUGUUGUUUAAACGGUUGUUUUAAAUUGUUAUACGUGUUACCUUUAAGAGAUGAAUAAUGUUUUCAUUUGUUGAACUUAAUUACGUUAUCCAGCGCUGCAUGUUGUGUAAUUUGGGUACGUUUACAAUAUCUACUUUAUCUUCUUGACAUUUAUAGUGCAUUUGUUGCACUCAAAUAACCUCGUGUCAAACCAGACCAAGUGAC